AUGGACUUCUCGUCGCAACCGUUCCCCUUCACGGCUGGCCAGCCCUACCAGUCCUUCAUGAGCGUUCCCCCACUGACGCCGUCCAACUCUCACUCUGCGGGCUCCGACGAUUACAACACCGCUUCUCCUGCAGAUGGUUUCGACGGUAUUCCCAAUACCGACCAGUUUCAAGGCUUCGAAUACAACCAAGGCUUCCAUAACCCUUCUCAACACCAGACUCCAGGCUUUCCUGGUCCACCAACUCCUCCGAAUCCUGCGACAUAUACAAGCCAGCAAUCAAUCUCACAGCUUCAUCAAGCUGCUAGCUCGAAUGGCCCCCUCAACAGCACCUUGUCGGGAGCCAGGUCCGAUGGCGCUGAUGACAACAGUCAUACUCGAGGGGGCAGUGACGACGAUGAUUCCCUGACACCUGCCCAAUCGCGACGCAAAGCGCAGAACCGUGCAGCACAACGUGCGUUCCGUGAACGGAAAGAGAAGCAUGUCAAGGAUCUGGAAGCAAAACUUGCACACAUGGAAGCGGCGCAGCAGCAGGCGUCGGUCGAGAAUGAGAGACUCAAGCGGGAUUUACAAAAAGUUUCAACAGAAAACGAGAUCUUGAGAGCCACGUCUUCAGUGACCAACGGACAUCAUAUUUCGCACUCACCCGAACCAACAACAACCGGCCCCAUGAGGUAUAAUCCUACUGACUUUUACUCCAACGUUCUUCAAAACCACAAGAACAAGUCCCCCUCACACCGUAUUGUCACUUCUGACGAUGGGGAGCGUUUGCUCGCUGCUGGUGCAGCUUGGGACUUUAUCAUCGAUCAUGACCUCUACAAACGAGGUCUGGUCGAUGUUGGUGAUGUCAGUGAAAGAUUGAAAUCGUGUGCCUUAUGCGACGGACAAGGCCCUGUCUUUUCGGAGCGCUCGAUUGUCUAUGCUAUGGAACAAAGCGUGGCAAGUGGCUCCGAUGACCUUUUAUAG